ACGCGCUUCGGUCACUGCAGUUCCGUGCUGGCGCAGCGCGUCCUUCCGCCAGUGCUCGUCCUCGGCCUCGCACACAACAACAAAGUAUUAAAUUCUGCACUGGCGCUGGUGACAUUUAACACACACUCUCACAGUGGAUCAAAACAGCACAAUAAAGUGGGAAUAAAACUAGCGCUCUGUCUCUUUACGAGAGCACAUGCGUGUUAAACAGUCUACACUGCACGGAGAGAUGAUGAUGAUGAUGAUGAUGAUGAGACAUAUGCACAGAGAGACAUGGAUUUUCAGUCCUAUAGAAAGAAACUGUUGAUUUCUUGUGUUCCUGUGUGUGGAUUACUGCUUUUCACCAACAUGUAAAAACGAGAUGUGGGGAUUUCACGCACUGUGAACACGGAAUGUGCGGGGAUACUUAAACUGUUGCACAAGACUUUAAAUCCCGCUACGAAAUUCAUUAAUAUGUCAGAAACUGUGAAGUAUGUGGACGAUGAGCACAAAACCAUCUUUCUGAAGCUACUGAACGAGCAGAGAUUGGAGGGUGAUCACUGCGACAUCGCGGUCGUCGUUGAGGACGUGAAAUUCAGGGCGCAUCGCUGUGUGUUAGCGGCAUGCAGCAACUACUUCAAAAAGCUUUUCAAGAAACAUGAGGUGGAUAGCUCCUCCGUCAUAGAGAUUGACUUCAUCCGCUCAGACAUCUUUGAAGAAGUGCUCAAUUACAUGUACACCGCCAAGAUUUCUGUGAAGAAGAAAGAUGUGAAUCUAAUGAUGUCUUCAGGACAGAUACUAGGAAUCCGGUUUCUGGAUAAGCUCUGCUCUCAGAAGCGAGACAUGUCCACCGAUGAGAAAAAUGACCCCAGGAACGCCAGCAAGUUUCCGUACGACAUGGUUAAAAUGGGUCUUCCAAUGGAAGAUCCUCCAUUAACUCAAGACAACGACGUUCAGGUGCUCGGGGACCAAGAUGAUGCUCCUUCUGAUGAUAUUGUGGAGGAAGCUCAAAGCAAUCACGACCUGGACAAAUCACCCAACAACGCCCUGAGAGUGCAGGAGGCCAUCCUGAAAGAGUUAGCACAAGAAGAGGUACAUAAGGUGAGCUGCUACGACCAGGAGGUGGAAGCCAUGGACACGGAACCCAAAGAACUGGCGGCUCACUCGCAGACGCUGUCAUUCGCAGACAGCAUGGGUGACGUGAAGGACGAACAGCCCCCCGGAUGGACGACGGCCACCGGCGACAUGAAGUUUGAGUAUCUACUCUAUGGGCACAGAGAUCAGCUUGCCUGCCAGGUGUGCGGCAAGACGUUCGUCGACGAAAACCGCCUGAGGAAACACGAGAAACUGCACUCGGCCGACCGACCGUUCGUUUGCGAGAUAUGCACCAAAGCAUUCACCACGCAGGCCCAUUUGAAGGAACACCUGAAAAUUCACACGGGCUUCAAGCCCUAUAGCUGCGACUCCUGCGGGAAGUCGUUCAUCCGCGCUCCCGACCUGAAGAAACACGAGCGAGUGCACAGCAACGAGCGGCCGUUCAGCUGUCAGAUGUGCGAAAAGGCCUUCAAGCACAAGUCGCACCUGAAGGAUCACGAGCGACGCCACAGAGGAGAGAAGCCGUUUGUGUGCGGCUCAUGUACGAAGGCCUUCGCCAAAGCGUCCGACCUGAAGAGACACGAGAACAACAUGCACAGUGAACGCAAACAGUUGACGUCGAGCGGCCUGCAGAGCGAAACCGAACAGCUCCAGGCCGCAGCCAUGGCCGCCGAGGCCGAGCAACAGCUGGAGUCUAUAGCGUGCUCCUAACACGCUCAACGGUCCCUUCAUAGACCUUUCAUUUGGCUAAAAUGGUGUAGUCUUAUCAUUUUGGUGGGCCUCAUUGGAGUCGUUUUUCUGAACUUUUUGAACCGCAGGUCUUGAUAGUGAUUUUAAUUUUAGACAAUUUGAUUUACACUGAUUCAUUUUUUGCUUUCUUUUAUAUGUAAAUGGUGCAUUUUUCUCCAAUUGAACAUUUCAUACCAAGUGAAUUUGAGUAUUUGUGACAGCCAGAUGGACGAUGAAACACAAACAUGUUGCAGUUGGACAGUGCCGGUUUCAUGAAAUAAACUGGACACGUGGGAGAUUUGUAAUUCUGACAAAAGAACAUAUUUGAAUGAACAAGCCUUUGGUCAAUCAUUCCAUCAGUUUCUUGCUAAAGGGUGGGAAAAAUGUACACAUUGAGAUAUUUUUGCUGUAAUAAAUGACUGGUGAAUCAUUGAAAUGUUUGUAGUGUGUUCUGGUUACUGUUCAUGAACAUGUGUAUCUUUUUUUUCACAAAGAACUCCUCAUAAAGUACCAUAGACACUGAA